AUGCAAGCCAUUCGUGUUCAUCCCGCUCCUGCGGCAUCUACCCCUUACUCACCCUCCAAUCCCGCUCCAUCCUCGGCCUUACAUCUUGAUCACAAUGUCCCCAUACCCAAGCCAUCAAAACCUGGCGACAUUCUCGUUCGCGUCAAAGCCACAACAGUCAUUCGCGAUAUGCUUACCUGGCCUGAGACUUACUAUCACGAAUACGCCAUAAUCGGAAACGACAUCUCAGGAAUCGUGACAGAGGUGUUCUCACAGGACUGCAAAUUCCAGCCGGGAGAUGAGGUUUUCGGUAUGGCGGCUGCAGAUCGCGGAUCCACGUGGGCGGAAUACGCCCUUCUCAACGAAGAUGAACUCGCCCUGAAACCGAGAGCCUUGGCCUUCGACCAGGCUGCGGCGUUGCCUCUUAGCGCACAGACGGCGUAUGAGGCUUUGUUUGAUCAUGGUGGUAUCCCUGUGCCUUCGGUGGAGCAGGCUAUCAAGAACAAGGCCCGGUCCUCUGGCCAGAAAGGCCAGCGACUGUUGAUCACCGGUGCCGCUGGAGCGGUUGGGAUUUAUCUCGUCCAGUUGGCGUCCGCCGCGGGAGUACAUGUCGUGGCGGCUACGAGUUCGAAUGCUCGUAAUGAAGAGUUCCUUCGAGGCCUUGGUGCUGAUGAAGCGAUUGAGUAUGAGGUCUUGGCCAAAUGCUGGGACUAUGUGAAAGAGACAGGGGUGUUGGUCUCUGUCGAUUCGGCAAGCUUUAACUUUGUUGAAGAGCAUGAAAAACGUGGUAUACGCAAGGAUGGUGUUCGGGCUUUGUUCUUCAUUAUCAAAGGCAGUAGCAAGGCUUUGCAUUAUAUCGCCGAACUUGUGGAUCUAGGCACGGUGGAGUCUUUUGUCGUGGGGACUUAUCCCUUUUCAAAAGCACGGGAGGCGUACGAUUAUGCUAAUGGGCGAUAUUCUGGACGUGGGAAGUUUGUUAUCACGAUUUAA